UCCCUGUAGCUGGCUCUGCCCGCCUCCCUCGCAGUAUGUCCGAGACCGCGCCGCCCGCGCCGGCCGCCUCCACUCCCCCCGAGAAGCCCGCGCCGGGCAAGAAGGCCAAGCGACCCGCGAAAGCCGCCGCCGCCGCCGCCAAGAAGAAGCCCGCGGGCCCUUCUGUGUCCGAGCUGAUCGUGCAAGCCGUGUCCUCCUCCAAGGAGCGCAGCGGCGUGUCCCUGGCCGCGCUCAAGAAGGCGCUGGCGGCCGCCGGCUACGACGUGGAGAAGAACAACAGCCGCAUCAAGCUGGGCCUCAAGAGCCUGGUGAGCAAGGGCACCCUGGUGCAGACCAAGGGCACCGGCGCCUCGGGCUCCUUCAAGCUCAACAAGAAGGCCUCCCCUGGGGAGGCCAAGGCCAACCCCACAAAGGUGGCGAAAGCCAAGGUGACGGGCGCCUCUAAGAAGCCCAAAAAGGUCACGGCGGCUGUUAAAAAAGCCGUCAAGACCCCGAAAAAGGCUAAGAAGCCUGCUGUAACCAAGAAGCCCUCCAAGAGUCCCAAGAAGCCCAAGGUCGUGAAGCCUAAGAAAGUAGCCAAGAGCCCUGCCAAAGCCAAGGCUGUGAAGCCCAAGGCGGCCAAGGCGAAGAUGACCAAGCCAAAGACCGCUGCCAAGCCCAAAAAAGCAGCGCCCAAGAAGAAGUAAAGGUUCCAGUUGGAAGCUUCUUCCAAUAACCCAACGGCUCUUUUAAGAGCCACCAACCUACUCCGGGGAAAGAGCUUUAGUACGUGUGUCCUUGGGCUUCUACGCGGGAUUUCUGCCUUCUUGCCAGGGUCUCCGCCAACUUCUGCCCCGCGCUCAGUCCCUUGCAGUGGAGUUCUCGCUAUGGGGAGCUAGGCCCUUGUA